ACGUAACGAUAAAAGUCGAAGGUGUAGUAGUAAGAUAAAUAUUGAAAAAUGGAAGAUAAAAUGCGGAAUUUGAAGUAUUUAUGUUCGUUAUUCGUGGUAUUAGCGGUAACUAGAGUAAUCUCUCUGCCGAUAAAAGAAACGUGUAUUAUUCCGCCCGAAUUAGUGAAAUCUUUCUCUACUGAAUUAAGUGAAAACGUUAAAAGUUGUCGAGCUGUUGAUGCUGUUGAUAUUAAAUACUGUGGCGAUAUCCAGAACUUGGCACGUGAUAUAAGCAAUUGUACCCUCGGGAAAAUAUGGGAGAUAAAAGAACAGAGAGAGAAACUGAUCAACAGCAGCAGAAAUAUGCCUUUCAAUGAAGAUGUUGAUGUAUGUAUGAAUUUUGCAAAUUCGUCGAGUAUCAUUGAACCUUAUAGAAGUGAAAAUGAAGCUGUGAGUGUUCAGCUGUCUAAAGAUUCAACGUUUUGUAAUGAUUUCUGCACGAGUCAUCCGAAAGUUUGCCCAUUGCUCUUGAAGUUGUAUUGGGUUAAAAAAACCGUGAUGGAGUAUAAAAAUGAAAUUGAUCAAUCGAACAAUCUGCUGAAAUACUCACCAACUCAAAACAGUGAUGAUUCUAAAAGACCAUCAUCACCUAAUAUAAUGACAGCUUCAAAUCAAAGUAUGAAACCAAGUAAACAAAUUCAUAAGAUGGUUGCAACUACUGAAAGUGUAGAUAAUAGAGCUGCAGGGAGUGGACCUGAAAAAGAUAAACCCAACAAAGAUGACGAAACAAGGAAUCAAAAACCAUCUACUGCUAGUCAAGACUUGCCAAAAAGUAGUGCAAAUAAUGAAGCUUCUCCAGAUAAGCAUAUGAUAUCACCUACAAGUGAGACAGAAAAGUUGCCCACAGCCAAAAACAAUGAUGACACAGGAAAAAAGUCAACCAUCAACCAGCAGAUGAACGAUGAUAAUAUACCUAACACAAACAAGAAUGAGGAAUCUAAAUCAGAGCAAACUCCCAUUAACACUGCCAAUACUAAUGAUGCAAGCUCAGAGAAUACUGAUGAAAAUAUUGAUGGUGUCGAUAAGAAAGUUACAGAUGAAAUGAAUCAUAAGACAUUGCCAAAGGAUGAAUCUAAAGAUCUACCAAAUCCCAUCAAAGACAAUCCUUCAGAAUCUGAAAAUAGUCCCAAUCAGGAGCCUGAAAAAAAUGAAAAACCAGAAUUUGGAAAUCAACCUAAUGAAUUCAGUGACGAGUUUCCAGAUCCAUCUAAUGACUAUUCAGAAGAGGAAUUGCCACCCACUGUCAGCAAGGAAAAACCAGAAGACAAGACAGAGAGUGACAAGAAACUUGAAAUAACCAUUGGUAAAGGUAAUGGAAUGGGAUCUGUAUUUCCUGAAGAAGAAGACAGUCAUUUUUUUGCAUAUUUCCUAACAAUUAUAGUGCUGUGCAUUGCCGGAUAUCUAGUCUUUCACAAUAAACAAAAGAUCAUUGCACUUAUCAUUGAGGGACGUCAUGAACGCAGAAGACGACCAAAUGGAUACAAGAGACUAGAUACUAAGGAUAGUUCAAAGUCUACUUCCCAGGUUAUAUUUUAAUUGAACUUAAAAAGUGACUUUUUAAUGAUAAAGGUUUGUGCUCCUAAACUGUUAUCAAUUGGUAAACUUGCAGGAAUAAUUAUUGAUGUCAUUUAUCAGUAGUUCUGUAUCAAAUUAUUAUGAUCGUCCAGUCUGAAGAACUACCAGUUUUGUCAUUAUUCCAGUCACUUUAACUACAGAAGUCAUAUGCAAAUAGACUAUUGAUAAAUAGCAUCCUUAACCCCUCACAAUUUUACUAAUUGAUGAUAGUAUUAAGCAUACAUCCAAAGUCAAUAAAAUUGUGUCAAGUCAUUCUGCAACUAUAAAGAAUAUUUUUAUGAAGCAUGUAAGAUUUCACGGAUAUAUCUUCACUUUGAAAGAAUUAUUCACAGGAAUUACUAUAAACAUUAUUAUGACUUUGUCGUUUACAUUUGAGGAAUUAAAUAUUAUAAAGCAGAAGAAUGAGAAGAUAUGAGUUGCCAUUGAUAUAAAA